UUUUUUGUUCUUCUGAAGAACUUUUAGCUGAAGCCACUUCAGAUGAUGAGGGAGGGUAUGAGAGGGUAUUGCAAAUUUGAAAGCCUUACAUAUAAUUGAUGAGGAAGAAACCACACUCUUUAGCAGGUAUUCCAUGUCCAUUUUUAUAAGUAAGGGGAGGGGAUGGUGGAGGAUGGAUUUCAGAAGGCUUGCGAUGACGAGGCUCGGGAUUGGUGGAUGCUGUUGUUUGGCAUGGCCCCCUGCCAAGCACUUAUGUCUUUAUAUACUGUAAACAGAUGACCGACCAGUCCCGACUGUGUCUCUGUGUUCAACCUCUCCUUCUGGCUCUCUCCAUCUUCUCUUUCUUCUCUUCUUCUUUCUGAAGACCUUUGCUGCAUCUGUACACCCUCAAGACUUUCAACAAGACCGGGAAAAACAGCAAACACAUCCUCCUCCAUAAAAACCAUUGAGUCACUUUUUCUAGAAACGUUUUAAGCCUUCAGCUGUUUGCAGUAUCGGCGUGGGAGAAAGAAACCAUGUCUCAGCAGAUGUUGCUCUUGACAGUGGUGUCCAUGUGGCUUUUUGCCGGGUACUUCCUGGCAGAGGCAACAUAUUCCAAUCACAAUGCCAACAUUGACAAUCAGCUUCCUCCAGAGGUACCUGUGGUGAUGGAAGCAGAGGCCCCUCGUCCAGUCAACUUCAGUCGCACCUUUUAUGGGAUCAUGUUUGAUGCUGGAAGCACUGGCACCCGUAUCCAUAUUUACAAGUUCAUUCAAAAAGACCCAGUUGAGCUUCCAGUGCUUGACAAUGAGAUGUACCAUGCAGUGAAGCCUGGACUGUCAGCGUAUGCAGAUGUACCCGAAGUGGGUGGAGAAACCAUUCGGCAACUGUUGAAGGUCGCAAAAAAGACGAUUCCCAAAGAGCAAUGGAUACAGACACCUGUGGUUCUGAAAGCCACUGCCGGCUUGCGCCUGCUGCCUCAAGAAAAAGCCAAAGCCCUUUUGAAUGAGGUCAAAGACAUUUUUGAUGACUCUCCUUUCUUUGUACCAAAAAACAGUGUCACCAUCAUGAAUGGAACCAAUGAGGGGGUCUUGGCAUGGGUUACAGUAAACUUCCUCACAGGUCAUUUGUAUACAAAAACAAGAAAAACUGUUGGGAUCCUGGAUUUGGGUGGGGGUUCAACUCAGAUUACUUUCCUUCCUAGGUUAAAGAAAACUGUGCUGACUGCUCCUGCAGACUACAUUGCCAAAAUCAAUAUGUUCAACAGCACUUUUGAGCUGUAUACUCACAGUUAUCUUGGAAAUGGACUAAUUGCUGCACGACUGGCAACUCUUGGCGCUCUUGGUGCAGAUGGUCUUGAUUGGAAAGUUUUCAGAAGUUCUUGUUUACCCAAAAAAUUCAGAGAAGACUGGAGUUUCGGUGGACUCACCUACAAAGUCAGUGGAAUCCCAGAUGGUUUUGCAGGGUAUAAGUUAUGCUACCAAGAGAUAAUGCAGGUGGUGAAAGGGAUUGUGCACCAGCCCUUUGAAGUCAAGGGAAGCAGCAUCUUCUAUGCCUUCUCCUAUUACUAUGACAGAGCUGUGGAGUCUGGUCUCAUUGAUGGAUCCCGUGGUGGUACUGUGGAAGUCAGGGAUUUUAAAAAGAGAGCCAAAGAAGUGUGCAACAAGAUGACUAAAUACCGUCCAAUCAGCCCCUUUUUGUGCAUGGACAUGACCUAUAUCACAUGCCUAUUGAAAGAGGGAUUCGGGUUCAAGGACAGCACUGUUCUGCAGCUUACUAAAAAGGUGAAUAAUGUGGAGACAAGCUGGGCACUUGGCGCCAUCUUCGAUCAUUUCCACAAUCUCAACAUUAAUUAAAGCCAGCAGUCUUGCAAUGGACACCAGCAUGAGGGGGAGCACAGGGGUCAAGCCAGGGCAAAACUCACCUGAUCAAGCAGCCCCUUUUGUCCUCCUCCAUAACUCUUAAGUGAGUUCAGACCGGCCCUGCGCUGCAGCCCUGUAUCACAACUCCCUACCCCCUCACCAACUAAACACUUACAGAACUGUUCACAAAGAAAUCACUAUAUUUUUGUAAAGAUGGCCAGGCCAGCCUGCAAUUUCUACUGUAUGUUUACAUUUUUUCAGUUGUAGUCUCACCUGAGACACUGUCUGUCUGUCCAAGCUGGCAGUUUCAAAGUUUCAAUGUUUAACUCACCCAUUUAAAGCUCUUGAUUCAUGUAGUUGUGCAGGAUAUUGUGCAGUGGGACACAUGUAAAAACAUUGUGUUUAUUAUUGAAGCUUCCGUAGCCUCUUCUGCAGUAAUGUUAGUGGUAGUGCUUGCACAGUAGUGUAGUGCUGUUUUAGGUUAUGGUAAAUUAUAAUUCAGUUUCCAUUUAGUGCCAUUUAGUUUCAUCUAGCACUUAACACUUUAAUGUAGCAGGUUCAGUUACAGCCAUCUGUUUUAUAAAGUUGUUUGGGAUCAGCAGCUUAACCUGGGGUUGAUUUGGCUGGUAGGGAUAAGGACAAAUCAUACAUGUACGGUCACUUAACUUGGGUACA